CUCCAGCCUGGGCAACACAGCAAGACUCCGUCUCAAAAAAAAAAAAAAAAAAAGAAGGCAGCACCAGAAAACCAGAAACUGCGCUGGGUCCUCAGUGCGGCAGGUGCUCCCAGGGUGCAGACUGGGUGAAGGCAGCCUUCUCUGGGGUCACAUGUGUGUAACAGCACCUUCUCUCUCAGGGCCUCCUCCCUCCCUGAGUGGUUUGGGGGCUAUUCCUGUGUCUGAUAGCACAGAUGCCCUGGUCACAAACAGCUGCCUGCAUUGCUGACCACAGGCCUGGCCUGGAGAAACCCACACCCUCUUCAGGGAAGAGAGCAAGGGGCUUGGCAGUGCCUGAAGCCAGUGGGCUGGGGACUCACAACCGGGACACUCAGGGCAGUCAGGGCAGGCAUGUGGCCCCAGCGUGGCACAGGGCCAAAUUCAUGCCCUUGUCACUGGCCACAUACUGUGGGGGAAGGGGCUGGAGGAGUUGGGGCACCUGCAUUUGGCCUGCAAGGAAUCUGGGUCCUGCUGGCUGUGGGUGACCACAGAGGGCCACGUGGGCAGGGCACAUUCAUGGGCCCCCCAGGCCAAGCUCGUCAGGGAGAGGGGAAGGGCCAGGAAGCCUCAGCCCAGACCAGGUAUGGUGGGAAUAGUCCACACAGGAGGGGCCAGAACCGUCUAGAAGACCCUGGCACACAGGUCUGCUGCAGCAGAGCCAGGAGGGCACGGGGGUGCGCAUGUCCAGGGCAGAGGAACCACGUGGGGCUCAGUCAGCAGUCGGGGUCAGGCCUGGUUGGUGGCACUGAGGACCCUGAAGGCUUGGCCCCACCUCUGGGAGCUGGGCUUCCUCCACACGGUCACAGCAAAGGUAGGGACCAGAGGGGGCCAGAGACAGGGGACUGCACCCCACCCUCUCCUCGCUGCUCCCCUUCCCCUUACCACCCUGUCCAGUGGUGUCCGCGCAGAUGGGAGGGUUGUGAGGGGCGUCCACACCUGGCCUGCAGCGGCUGCCCGGCUUCCUGCUAGGGAGAUGGGGCCAGUGCUGAUGGGGAACAGCUGUUGUGGGGGCAGCCAGAGGAAACCACGUUCCCGCGGGGUGAGCUCAUGGUUUACGAGUUCCCUGCCAGAUCCAUAACAUCCUGGAGGCAGAAGCGCAGAGGCCAAGCCUGCCCCUGCCUCCGCUGAGCCUCCCCUGCUCUGACACAAGGGCCACUCAGCCAUCCUCAUUCAGCCUGCACCUCCUGUCCUGAAGCUCCCUCCUCCCUCCGCGUGCUCCCCCCGUCAUUUACGCACCGGCCCCGACCCACCC